CAACAGAGAGAGGAGGCCUCGCAGCAACCACAACAGAGUGACGAUCAACAAGGAGAUAGAGACACCAUGGCAGCUCCCAUCGAAGAGAGACUCGCAAGCCUGAAGAAAGUAAUGCAGGAAAAUAACAUAGAUGUGUACAUCCUAAUAAACAGCGACGAACACAACUCAGAAAUUAUAAACGACAAGGACAAAAAAAUACUUUAUUUGAGCAACUACAGUGGAGCCGACGGUAUCUUAAUACUUACCAAGGACAAGCAAAUUAUGUACGUGAAUGCACUGUACGAAUUACAAGCGAACAAAGAAUUAAACCACGAUAUUUUUACCAUCCGAGUUAGCAGAAUUACCAACCGAGAUGAAAUAUACGAAACAAUUGCAUCUCUUGAAUUUAACAAUAUUGCAGUCGAUGGAAAAAACACCAGCGUCGCUUUCUAUGAAAAAUUAAAGAGUAAAAUAGAGUCUACUUAUCCAGGCAAAACAGUGGAAGAAAAAGUGAUUUACGAAAAUGACAUGAAUCAAAUUGUAAGAAAUGAAAAUAUCAACUUCAUCAUUUUAGAAAAGUCCCUAGUAGAAAUACAAAACAAUGAAGUGAAUAAUAAGGAGGUGUUUAUACAUGACAGAAAAUUUAACGGUGCAUGUUCAGGACAGAAAUUAGAAAAAUUCAGACAAGCAUUUUCCUUUGAUAAAACAAAUGUGGAUAAGAUAUUAAUCUCAGAGUUAGACGAAAUUGCUUAUAUUUUAAACCUACGUGGAUUUGAUUACACCUUUUCUCCUCUAUUCUAUGCGUACCUCUACUUUGAGUUCAAUAGGGAAAAGGACGAAUUUGGAAAAAUGAUUCUAUUCACUGCAUCGAAGAACCUCUCCGCGAGUUCCAUCAGACACCUCAACACAGUUAACGUGGCUGUCAAGGAGUAUGAAACGGUAGUCGAAUAUCUAAGGGACAACGUCUCGUCCAAAACGAUGGCACUCACCAAGGCAGGCAAAGAAGCAAGCGAAGUUCAUACACUCCCCUCCAAGGAACUCACCAAAAAAGAAUCCAAUUCGCAGAAAAAAUACGAAAUUUCUCUCAGCCCAUAUAUUAACCUAAUGAUCUACAUGCUUUUUAAUAAGGACAAAGUAUUGCUAGAAAAAUCUCCCAUUGUUGCCAUGAAGGCAGUUAAAAACGACGUCGAAAUAGAUAACAUGAAAGAAGCACAUGUGCUAGAUGCAUUGGCACUUUUACAAUUCUUUCACUGGUGUGAUGAAAAGAAAAAAACCAAAGAGUUAUUUAACGAAACGGAAAUGUCUUUAAAAAAUAAAGUAGAUUACUUCAGAUCCACCAAACCAAAUUACAUCUCCCCCUCCUUUGCAACGAUCUCGGCAAGUGGACCAAAUGCUGCAGUCAUUCACUACGAAGUUACUGAAUCAACAAAUGCGAAGAUCACGCCAAGUAUAUUUCUCCUUGAUUCGGGAGGACAAUACUUACACGGAACCACAGAUGUAACUAGAACGACGCACUUUGGAGAACCCACAGCGGAAGAAAAGAAAAUAUACACCCUAGUACUUAAAGGUCACCUACAUUUAAGAAAAGUUAUAUUUGCCAGCUACACGAAUUCUAUGGCCCUAGAUUUUAUUGCACGUGAAAAUUUAUUCAAACACUUCCUCGAUUAUAAUCACGGAACUGGACAUGGAGUAGGGUUAUUCUUAAACGUCCAUGAAGGUGGUUGCUCCAUCGGACCAACAGCUGGCACUCCACUGCAACCAUAUAUGGUACUUUCAAACGAACCCGGAUAUUACCUCGAAAAUAAAUUUGGUGUCAGAAUCGAAAACAUGCAAUUUGUAAUUAGCAAGAAGAAAACAGACAACACAGAAUUCUACUCCUUCGAAGAUUUAACUCUCUAUCCGUAUGAAAAAAAACUACUCGAUUUUUCUAUACUGACAACUAAAGACAUUAGAGACAUCAAUGAAUACCACGACACUAUUAGGAAAACCCUCCUCCCCAGGCUGAAGCAGAACCCCUCCGAAUACGACGAGGGACUAGUGAAGUACCUCAUGGAUAUCACCGAGCCGAUUGCGAUCAACUAG